AUGGCUCAACCAAUUCUUUCAGUCGUUCAUGACUAUUCCAUUCUAUAUUCGAACCGAAUCAUACAGAAAGAUAAAAGAUGGGCAGAUGGAAGACUACGUUUCUAUGAGCUUAACAAUAAGCUAGAGGUGUACUCCGAGGAGCAGUUCCUAAUAGCCACAGAUUUCUAUCCUUCUACGAAGAAACUGCCACUCCAAACGGGUGCUUUUGAAGAGGGAACCGAGUAUAAACUUCCGAGCGGGAAGUUCUUGUUGUCUCUCCAGGAGUACUUGGGUUGUUCGAUGCGUGAUGUAUCGAAGGUCUUCAAGAAGGCCUCAAGCAAGACACCUGAAGCCAAUGGGAAGAUUGUUCCCACAACAUAUAUAAAGCAGGAGGGUUCAAUGGGUGAUUGCCCGGUACAAGCACAAGGCAACGUACUGGAGGUCCCAGAAGAUCUCACCUUCCUUAAGGCUGAACCUACCGAACCCAAAGUUGCAUCACCUUUAGCACCACCGAAGCCUAGAAGAAUAGGUCUUACAAGAAAGAAGGGCUCUUUAAAAAAGCAGGGCGAUCUUAGCCAGUUCACGCGUGGUCCUUCUGUCGAAACUAGGCUUCGACAGUAUGUUCAGCGAGGGCAACCUAGAGUGAAUAGGAUUCCACCACGAAGUGCUAACUUAUAUACUCGGCUUUACAAAGAGUUGUCGAUGGAGGAUGAGGAGAAUGAGUUGGACUCGUCAGUGAAGGUUCCACAUACGGGUUUGACACAGUCGAAGAAGGAAGACACAGUGCCUGGAGCUCUGUGA